AUGCAUGCUGCAAAUGUCGAAAAGGUGAUUCUUCCCCUGCCGGGCACAGACGAACCGCCAGCAGAACAAACUCAGAACCCCGAAGCUAUACGAUACGACGUCUUCAAGACCCCGCGGGAACUGGGACUGGAUGAAAAUGCCGUGAUCCAUGUCAAGGAGUUGAGCAAAACGCUCGGGCAAAGGAAAAAGACCAUCAAGGACCUACUUCUGGCGCAGCCCGCAAACGCCGAAUCCCCCGAGAUUCUCCAUCUCGAGGUGCACAGCAACCUUGGUCAGGAGAUGUUGCUGAACGUGAGGAGGAUGGACUCGCGCGAUCCGACAGGAUUCAAGAUUCCCAUACGACGGCUCGGUCCUCACACGUUUGCCAAGUUUUACACCAAGGAUGAUGUGCAAGAUAUUGUCGUGGCUCUGCGGAGGAACUCGACGCGCCGGAUCAAUUUCUAUACAUCUACUCUGCUGCAGAGAACCUUCCCGAUCUCCUGGCCCCGCGCGGAGCUGGGAUGA